AGUAGACAUACUUAUCUUAAUAACUUAGUUUAAUAAUAACUGUCAUACGUUUUCGAUUUUUUUAGAUCAACUCGUAAAACCGUCAUUUCCUUUGUUCGAUUCAUUGUUUCUGAUUGGUUGAAACAUCAUUGGCGGUGUAGAUCGACAUGUAAGAGGUGUUUAGAAGUAAAUUUAAGUGAAUCUAGCUGUAUAGUAAUAUGAAUAAAAUCUUUAUUAAAACUAAAAUUUAUUAGUAAAAAUUGUAAUUAAUAAGGAAUUAUGUGGUAUUCAAAAACUUUCUCCUCAUCAGCUACAAUAUUCAUUUGUCUACAUUUCUGUUAUAGCAAGGAAUCUUCGUCAAAAGAAAUUCCACGAAUUGAUGAGCAUGAUCCAUGUUUAUACGUAAAUAAUCAAAUAGGUGGUAUUGACUUCGAUUUUACAAAUUUAUCAAAUGUAGAGCAUGUAAUUCGCCUGAAAAAUUCUAAAGAAAAAAUCAGUUUACAAUUGUGUAAAGAACCUUUGAAAAACUUAUGCAAUAAUAGACAUGCUUACGUUUGUUUUCAUCGAGGAAAUAAAGAAAUAGUUUUAGGAAAUAAACCUCAGUACAAUGAUAUCGAUGGUAAAAUGACUUUUAAUUAUAUCGGCGAAAGCUGUAAAAAUGAUAAACCUUAUACGCUUAAUAUUGUGAUGAUAUGCGAUUUUAAAAAAACUAAUUCAGAACCCGAAAUUCAUUUCCAUUCGGACGACCAAUGUGCAAUUGAAAUGAUUUGGAGAACAAUUUCAGCAUGUGGUGUGCCUCCAAUGGAAAAACCCUUCAUUGACUGUACUGUUACUGAUGAUGCUGGAAAUUUUUAUGAUUUAAGCAGUUUAACGAAAUAUUCUGAUAAUUACAUAGUUCCCAUCGAUGAAAAUACUUCAAUUAUUCUAAAUGUUUGUCAUCCAAUAGUUUAUGGUAACGGAGCAGUUUGCCGAUAUUCAUCAAGUGUAUGUUUAAGACAUUCACUCAAUAUGAGCUAUGUUAAUCUUGGCGACGUAAGUUCACCAACUAUAAACAAAAAUAAAAUUCAAUUGAACAAUACGAAUGGAAAUUUGUGUCGAGGGCAAGCGGCUUUUACUUUAAUAUCAUUCAUCUGCGAUGAAGAAUCAGGCGAUAAUACCAUUGAACUUACUGGGGUUGAAAGAAAUUGUCGAUAUAAUUUAUUAUGGAAAACUAAUGUCGUGUGUAGAAAAAAACCUAGAUUUAAAAUGGAAGAUAAGUGUAUAGCUUUUGAUCCGGUUACUAAAAUGAAAUAUGAUUUAAAAUCGUUAAUGAUAAAAGACCAAAUUUUGGAAAGUUCUGGAGGAAUCCAUUAUAAGUUAAGAGUUUGUGCACCCUUACUAAAUAAUUCUUGCCAAUCAGAUGUGCUUAAAGCAGAUGCAGGUGUUUGUUCAGCUCAGAACUUAAUUAUUGGUGGAAAAGCUAAUUCGAACUUUUUCUGGUCAGCUCACGGUCCAUAUCUCAAUUACACAGAUGGAUCGCCUUGUGGAAAUCAGAAUCGUCGCUACACAUUGAUUCAUUUUAGCUGUGAACGUGAUAAAUCGAAAAACGUGCCAACAAUUGUUGAAGAUAAAGCAUGCCACCUUAUUAUUCAAUGGAAUACGUCACUCGUUUGUAAUGACAAAUCGAUAAAAUAUUUGCUACCUGAAGAACAAACAGAAAUACCUAAAACUAAAUUCUCUGAAUUAGAUCGAAACAAAAAAAAAAUAAUCAAUGAAUCUAUAUCCUCUACAUCUACUAUUCCACUUGAAAGUUCAAAAGCACCUGAUAUAAUUGAUGAGUCUAAUGAAACGGUUUAUGUUUCCGUAGUAACAAUUAGUGUCUUACUUGCUAUAUGUGGAUCAUUUGUGGUACUUUACUUACUAAAUUCACGAGUGAGAGGAUGUAUUAAUUCUUCGUGUUGUUCACGAUGGUUUAAAAAAUCGAACAUUCGUAUGCAGUAUUCUAAGAUCAAUACCGGUCCAGAAAUGGAUUCAUUACUGGAUGCGCCCGAUACACGCUGUCAAUCAGAAGACAGUGAUGAUGAUUUAUUACGACUAUGAGAAUGAAUAAAAUUUAUUUAUUACCUGUGCAUCUAGAUAUCAAAAAAAAAAUCUUUCCAUGACUUCUGCAAUUGAGAAAUAAAUCUUGUUAGUUAUUUUUCGUAAAUUCUUAAAAAUUUUAUUAAUUUGGAAAAAUACUAUUAUAUCAUAACUACUGUUAACUCUCAUUUCAUCAAAAUGAAACUUCUAAAGCUUAGAUUAAUUCAUUUUCCUUCAUUUUAAUAAAAACAAAAAAAAAUU